AUGGGUGUAAUCGACGAUGAGAUGAAGCGAUUGCAGGACGUCGUGUCCGGAUUGGAGGAGCGUGUAAGGCGCUUGGAACAGCGACAGGCUGGCGGUAUAUCUACUGAGAGCGUGCGCAUGAUUCUCAUGGGUCCUCCUGGAGCUGGAAAGGGAACGCAAGCGCCAAAGAUAAAAGAAAAAUUCGCCUGCUGCCAUCUUGCCACUGGUGAUAUGCUCCGAUCCCAAGUUGCCAAGAAGACCCCUCUUGGACGAGAAGCCAAGAAGAUCAUGGACGCUGGUGGUUUGGUCAGCGACGAGAUCGUCAUUGGCAUGAUCAAGGAGGAACUCGAGAACAACAAGGAAUGCAAGGGCGGCUUCAUCCUUGAUGGUUUCCCUCGUACCGUCGCUCAAGCUGAGUCGCUCGACAAGAUGCUGUCGGAUAAGAACCAGAAGCUACAGCAUGCUGUCGAGUUACAAAUUGACGACGCUCUUCUGGUUGCGCGUAUCACCGGUCGCUUAAUUCACCCUGCCUCCGGCCGAAGCUACCACAGCACAUUUAACCCCCCUAAAGUCCCCAUGAAGGACGACAUUACUGGCGAGCCUCUGAUCCAGCGAUCCGAUGACAAUGCCGAAGCACUGAAGAAGCGCCUGGUUACCUACCACAACCAGACUACUCCGGUCGUCGGAUACUAUAAGAACACCGGCAUCUGGAAAGGUAUCGAUGCUAGCCAAGAACCUGGCCAGGUCUGGAAUAGUUUAUUGAGGAUCUUCGACGACAAGAAGCCUAAGAGCGGUGGUAUUCUCAGCAAAUUAACUGGCCAAUAA